GCUUUUCCGGUUUGGUCUUCAAGCGCGACGGCGCAGGCUUUAGGCUAUUUGAAGGGUUUUUUCCAGACAUGGAUAUCAGGCCAAAUCACACAAUUUAUAUCAACAAUAUGAAUGAUAAAAUUAAAAAAGAAGAAUUGAAGAGAUCCCUGUAUGCACUGUUUUCUCAGUUUGGACACGUGGUAGAUAUUGUGGCUUUAAAGACCAUGAAGAUGAGGGGGCAGGCUUUCGUUAUAUUUAAGGAACUGGGCUCAUCCACAAAUGCUUUGAGACAGUUACAAGGAUUUCCUUUUUAUGGUAAACCUAUGCGAAUUCAGUAUGCAAAAACAGAUUCCGAUAUAAUAUCUAAAAUGCGUGGAACCUUCGCUGACAAAGAAAAGAAAAAGGAAAAGAAGAAAGCUAAAACCAUGGAACAGGCUGCAGCAGCUGCAAACAAAAAGCCUGGCCAGGGAACACCAAAUUCAGCUAAUACUCAAGGAAACGCAGCACCAAAUCCUCAGGUCCCCGAUUACCCUCCAAACUAUAUCCUGUUCCUUAAUAAUUUGCCAGAAGAGACGAAUGAGAUGAUGUUAUCCAUGCUGUUCAAUCAGUUCCCUGGUUUCAAAGAAGUUCGCUUGGUACCUGGGAGGCAUGACAUUGCAUUUGUAGAAUUUGAAAAUGAUGGGCAGGCUGGAGCUGCCAGAGAUGCUUUGCAAGGGUUUAAGAUCACACCAUCUCAUGCAAUGAAGAUUACGUAUGCCAAGAAGUAACCUUUGGAAUGGCCGAUUUGAAAGGACUUGAUGCUUUUAGACCGCUGGAUCAAAGGAAGAAAAAUAAAACCCACCCUGCCAUUCCACUUUCCAUAAUGGUUUCUAAUUCAUCCUCUCCUUGAUGUGAAGCAGGAAAGAG